CCCAUGACCACCAAGAGUUUCCAUGAUCAAGGUAUAAAAGAAGGAAUCUUCGCGAUGUUCCUCACAGUUGCAAACCUCACAAAGUCAUAUCAACAUGCAAUCAAAGGUUGUAAUUUUCGUCGUCCUAGCGGCGAUUGCUCUCGCCAAUGGAGAAAAAAAGCCUCAGGAAUCGAAAAAGGAUAAACGAGGACUCCUGAGCUUGGGCUACGGCUGGGGACAUGACAGCGGUUUUGACAGUUUUGACAGUUUGUCCAGUUACUCCAGUAUUUCCCAUCUUCCGUCGUUCUCAUCAGGAUUAUCAACGGUUAUCACUAAAGAGGUGCCUGUACCAGGACCUGCCAUCGCCAUCCCAGUGGAAAAACACAUUCCAGUACCAGUUAAGGUGCCGUAUGCAGUGCCAGUCGAUCGUCCAUACCCAGUGCAUAUUCCAAAACCUUAUCCAGUGGAGGUAACCCGACAUGUAGCUGUUCCAGUGGAUCGUCCAGUACCGGUACCUGUUAAGGUUCACGUACCAGCACCCUAUCCUGUCAAGGUACCUGAACCCUAUGCAGUUCCUGUAAUCAAACACGUGCCUGUCGCUGUAUCCCAGCCCAUCCUCCUGGAGAAACACUCCGACCUGUGGAGCUCCGAGUAUUCGCCGUAUUCCUCUUGGUAAAGUCGUCGAGAAAUUCCUGGAUUGUUAGAAAAUUAUCGAGGCCAUUUUCAUCUUGAAAAAAUGUGCUAUUCGUCUGGGGAGUUCAUCAGGUCAUCACGAAUGAGAUAAUUAAUGAAAUUACGUGUGUUCAUAGCAUUAAUGGAUAAAUUGACGAGAGAUUCGACAUCUUCGAGUAUUUUUAUAUUGAAUAUGUGAUUCGUCACUCUUUGUGCAAUAAAUAUUUUUAUUCUUUA